GGUGAUUAAUUGAAGCGACCCCAUUAUCUCCUCUUCAAUUUGCUUCCACUUUCCCACUGUAUACACAAACCCCUCAAGAUCAGCUCUAAUUCUAUACACAUAUACGUAUACUUUACCUCUAUCUAUAUAUACAGAGAGAGAGUGUGUGUGUUUGAGAAAGAGAGAGAGAUGGCAUUAGACAGGGGCGGAUCGUGUAAUCCGACGAUGGUGAAGAUCGGAAUAACAUUUCUGGGAGUGUGUUUGGUGGGUUAUCUAGUGGGCCCACCUCUCUACUGGCAUCUUCUUGAAGGACUGGCCGCCGUCCGCCGCUCCUCCGCCGCCGUCUCCUGCCCCACCUGCAACUGCGACUGCGACUCUCAACCCCUUCUCUCCAUCCCUCAAGCGCUAAGCAACGGUUCUCUCACAGAUUGUGCAAAACACGAUCCUGAAGUGAACGGAGAAACAGAAAAGAAUUUUGCCGAGCUUUUAUCCGAAGAACUAAAGCUACGCGAAGCCGAAGCUUUAGAAAGUCAACAACGUGCUGACAUGGCACUUCUCGAGGCCAAGAAGCUGACAUCACAGUACCAGAAAGAAGCCGACAAGUGUAACUCAGGUAUGGAAACUUGUGAAGAAGCGCGUGAAAAGGCCGAAGAAGCGCUAAUUGCACAAAAAAAGUUAAGCGAAAUGUGGGAGUCGAGGGCCCGACAACGAGGGUGGAAAGAUGGCGGCAAUAAGGCCGUAAACACCGCGUGAAAUUAGGUAUGUGAGUGUCACAAAUGCAUAGUGAUUUUUGAGUUUUGAUGUUUACUGAGAUCAAGUUCUCAAAAAAAAAAAAAAAUAAAAAAAAAAAAAAAUAAAUCGAUUGUUGUUCCAUAUGCAUUAGUAUGAACUCUAUUUGUUAUAUCAUACUUGAAAUCACGUACGCUGGUUCGAGUCUAAACGGGUAAUUUUUGCCUUGUAACAAAUCAUGUUGAAUCGGGUCGACCCGCAAAUACUUUUGUCUGCUUUUUUGCAUUAUCUAGUUAAUUAGUUAUAUAUGAUUACAAAAGUUGUAUCAUUAUUCAUAAAACUAGUUAUAAUAACCGUCGCUGCGUUGCGGUGAA